AUGGAUAGGGAGAAAGGUAUCGGCGGGCACUCUUCCCUAUGACUACUGACCUCAAAUUAUCUAUCUCAUGCUAGACGAUAAUUUCAAAUGUUGCCAAGGUCAACUGAAAAGAAAUAUGUUCAAGAAAGCUCUUAUUAUUAAGUAUUUCUAUCUAUUCCAUUCUCCGAAGUGACAUGACUGAUCUUCACAACAUCAACAUAAACUAGUUUUCUGAAAAUAAAUAAACACAGAAAAUUGUAAGCGAACACAAGUGUGCAAAACAUAUUACCUUUGCAAGGUAUCCACGGAAGUCAUUUGGAUAUGUAGAGAUGAGCUGGUCAUAGACAGAUACUGCAUCACUUACAUGGCCCCAGUCAGAAUAGGCCUUCCCAAGAAGCAGAUCAACCUGAAACACAAAUUUCAUCAUACACUUUCCAAACAAAAAAAUGGAAAAUCUUACAAGUAACAUUUUUUUCCAAACAUAUAUCUUUUUGGUGAUGGAUUUUGGCACCUCUAAUGUGGAUACAUGGGAACCUUUUUGAUCUUUUGGGCUCAAGAUCAAACCCUUAUAGAUUCAAGGGUCACAGUUUCUUCGUUUUGUAGAUUCAAGAUGAAGAAUCUUCACAAAAAUCACAUUUCAUGUCUAUUCAAGGACGGAAUUUCAACUCCAUGCAACUCAGGCUACAUCAAGUGGUAUCAAAGUCAAGGUUUAUUCUAG